AUGGCCGUCCCCAAGACACGAAGUUUCUAUCUACCACAUACCUUCCAACACAAGAUACUAUGUGGUCUGCAGACAUCUCUUGAAAGAGUUUGUUUUGAAUACAUAAUGCGCACGACUCCGAAUGUACUGCAAGAAUCGCAAGACCAAUGGGGAAUCGACAAUCCUCACGCCUUGGAGCUAAAUCAAUAUAUGCGGCUGUUUGCCAAGCUCAAUGCGUUUGAAUCAAAGCCUAUUGGACCAGAUAACAGCGGAAGCAUGUUGAGAAGACUGCACCAUUCUCUGAUACUGCUUCGUAAUGUUGCUGUUCACAGGAAGAGAUCUAGUAUCCCAAGCUUGCGGCGGUGGACCCAUGAUGCGUACACUUUGGCAAUCCUUGCAGGCGACUCGAAAGCGGCCGCACAGUUUGAGAACCUCGGAAGGUAUCUCGAGGUCGAGCAACAGAAGAUGUACGCCGAUAGGAAAGAAGCUGAAGAACGACUGUUAGCCACAGUCAAGGAAUUGGCAAUCAAAAGAGCCGACCUGGACCGCCUGGAACAAGAAGCCAUGGACAGGUUCAGCGAGGAGCACGAACAGGUCCAUGCCCGUGAUUCGGCGGACUUGAAUAAAGCUAUC